GCCGGCCAGAGCGGAGCGUCCGCAGCCGCAGGUGGAAGCCUCGCUCUCGGCAUGCUGGGCGGCGGCGCAGCCGGACACGGGCUGACAAGGUGAGCCGCUCCCGACCCGCAACGCCCGCCCGCCCGCCCGCCCGCACCAUGGCCAGCGCGGCCGCCGAGCUCGCCCUGCUCACCUUCGGUGUUUUGUUGGCGGUGUGCCAUGCCUUAGAGAACACAACAGCAGCCUUGAGGGGUCCCCCGAUGGCAGCUGCAGUGAGAUCCCACUUUAACAACUGUCCAGAUGCCCACAGCACCUUUUGUUUCCACGGGACUUGCAGAUUCCUGGUGCAAGAAGAAGAACCUACUUGCGUGUGCCAUUCUGGGUACAUGGGUGCCCGCUGCGAGCUCGCCGACCUCCUGGCAGUGGUGGCUGACACCCAGAAGAAACAAACCAUCACUGCCUUGGUGGUGGUUUCCAUCGUCGCCUCCAUUGUCGUUAUCAUGGUCUGCGUCCUGAUACAUUGCUGCAGGAUACGGAAGCGCUGCGAGUGGUGCCGGACGGUGGUUUGCAGGCAGGAGAAACCCACCGGGCUGCUGAAGGGGGCCACGUCUUGCUGCCACUCAGAGACAGUUGUCUGACAAACACCAGACCGCCAGAUGGGAACAGCACAGAGUUGUACCUGAGAGGCCUACAAUAUUCUGAGAAAAACUUUCAUACGGACAAGACGGUUCCCAGAGACGUACCAGAAAGCCAGAGUGGUGCCAUUUUUGAGGCCUUCUCCGGACCUUCCACCAGAACUUUCCUGAAGGAGCCGCCUGGUCAGUGCAGCCUCUGACUAAACCUACAGGGUGGUUUGUGACCAGCAGCAAAUCUCCAAGUCUUCUUGGAGAGGGAGUGACAAUCGGCAGCUUUACUUUGACUGCAAGCACCAAAGGAGCAGCUUGUUCGAGGGUGGGGUGUGUGUGUGUGUGCCUGGUCUGCCUUGGAAAAGGUUUGUUGAACGGAGACGGGACCCAACAUCCCCUGAAGGGCUUUGCCUCUGUCCGUUGUGUCUUUGGACCCCUCUCCAGCGGAAGGACGCGCCCCUUGAGGCCUCUGGGAGCAGCCCAGCCUCCCUGUGGCCGGUCAGCCUCGAGCGUCCUUGCGGAA